UGUUUUCCAGUUAUAUAUCAAACACCGAUCAAAAUGUUGGUACUGCUAGCACUUUGUCUUGUAGGCUUUGCCCAAACGUCACCCCUAACACCAAAACACCUUAAACCCGACCCAAUUCAAGCCAAGAGUGACAAUGAAGAUACCUGGUUGAGCGUGCCCGAAAUUAUCACCAAAUACGGUUACCCGUGUGAAGAGUACCACAUCACAACGCCUGACAACUACAUUCUAACCCUUCACCGCAUCCCGCAUGGCAAAAAUUCCAAAGUAGCCCCCUCAGAAGUGGCUUAUCUCCAACACGGCAUCCUGUCUUCUUCAGCAGAUUGGAUUAUAUCAGGUCCUUCGAAAGGUCUGGCUUACGUUUUGGCAGACGAAGGCUACGACGUAUGGAUGGGCAACGCCCGUGGUAACAAGCUCUCUCGUAACCACACCUACUUGAACCCAAACACUUCUGACGAAUUCUGGGACUUCAGCUGGCACGAAAUCGGGUAUUACGACCUUCCCGCUAUGAUCGACUUCGUUCUGGAAAAAACCAACAAAGAUAGCUUGUUUCACAUCGGGCAUUCACAGGGUACCACUACUUUUUACGUAAUGAUGUCGAUGCGACCGGACUACAACGCUAAAGUUAAAGCCCAUUUCAGUCUAGCUCCCAUCGGGUUCAUGAACCACAUGACGAGUCCUUUGAUGCACAUUAUAGCUUUCUGGCAGAAACCUAUGGGGCUUUUGUUGAACCUAAUUGGAAUUCGGGAAUUCUUACCCAGUAACGAUUUUAUGUCUCUGGGUGGGAAUAUUCUAUGUGGAGACGAUUCCCUGACGCAGGUUUUGUGUACCAACGCACUUUUUGCAAUUUGUGGGUUUAGCCCGAAGGAGAUGAACGGUACGCUUUUGCCCAUCAUGAGUGGACACACACCUGCAGGAGCUUCCACCAAGCAGUUUCUGCACUAUGCCCAGGAAAUCAAUUCUGGGCAUUUCAGGAGGUACGACUAUGGAAUGGUUGGGAAUUUACAAAAGUAUGGGUCGAUUUGGGCUCCGGAUUACGAUCUGAAGAAGAUUACAGCACCGGUGUAUAUUCACUACAGUAAUAAUGAUUGGUUAUCUGGCAAAACCGAUGUUGAUAGGUUAUACAGUGGGUUGGCAAACGUGCAGGGGAAAUUUUUGGUAGCUGAAGACUCGUUUAAUCAUUUGGAUUAUGUUUUUGGGAUACGGGCACGUGAGUUGGUCUAUAACAAAGUUAUCAGUCUUAUGAAGCGGCAUUAGAAGCAUUUAUAUUAAAUGCUGAAAGUACUAAAAAUCAACUAGAUCAAAUGUUAUCAAAAGUAUUGUAGAUCUUGCAUUGAAAUUCUCGUAGAGUUGCUACAGAUCU